AAGAUAAAAAAGAAAUUAAAGAAAUAAUUAUUGAAAUCAAAAAAGUUUUAACCGAAAGUGAAUAUUAUGAAAGAGUUAAAGGACAAAGUGGAAAUAUUCAUUAUCCUUAUAUUUCUUGGGUUUCAGACCAUAAAGUAAAAAAAGAUUUUAUUGCUUCAGAGCGAGCUGGAUAUAGAAAAAAAGGAGAAGAAAUUCUCCCUAACCUUUGUGAGAAAUUUAAGAAAAACGAGAAAAUUGAUUUACCAAAAAAUAUUUCUUUAAGUAAAUUAGUGGAAAAAAUAGGAUUGGAGAAACUUAAUUUUGAAUACGGAGAGAAAUAUAAUUUUUUGAUUGUAAGGGAUAAGAAAAAGAAAGACAAUUAUACCAUUUGGGAUACUUCUAAAUAUGCUGGUUUUGGGUUUAAAAAUGACAGCAAGGCAGAAAAGGUAAAAAAUAUUGAGUUGCUUCGGAAAAAGAAAAAUGAAAAUUUGGAAAGUGAAUUAAUGGGGUUGGUUGGACUUCCUUUAAUUUAUACUGGGACAACCGACGAUAAUGUUUCUUCUAUAAAUAUAGUAGGGCUUAUUUAUGAUAAAAAAGAAAAUCUCCAAACUAUUUUUCCAGAACACAGCGAUAAAAUAAUCAAAAUUAGCAAUGCUAUUAAUCGGCGGGAAAAAGAAAUUAAAAACAAAUUGGUUAGAUAUUCACUUAACCAGUUAGGAACGGAAAGAAAAUCAAUUAAUAAAAUUUCUCCUUCAAUUAAAUCAUUAAAAAUUAGUAUUUUGGGUAAAAAAGUGAAGUAG